AUGUCGCAUCAGUUGAAAAGGUUUUACAUUUUUAACUGCGACAACACUUAUAAGUUAGAAAUAGUGGAAAAUUUUUUGCUUCAAGUAGAGGAAAAAUAUGGUUUCAAAAUCUCAGUUGAUCGUCUUAAUUUUGGUCUACAACGAAUGGUUGAAGUUUGCGAGAAUACGUUACCCAAGCUGGUGAUGGACGUCGCUGUCUUUGUUGUGCAUGCAAACGAAUCUCGUCUCUCCAUCAACGAAAACAACGCUGGCAUUGGUUACGCGAGAUUCUACCGAGCUUUGCUUCAAAAAACGGGUGGGUUUCAAUAUAAAGCACUUCCACUUCCACUGAUUCUGCCGUUAAAUACACACACUGGUGACUGGCAAUUUUACUACACUGAUAUUAAUCUUUCAUCUGAUUCAGUUAAAGUUUCACGCUUGAAAAAAAUAGUUGGUAAUUUUACUAAAACGUAUCUAGUCUAAUGAAACGUACGGCACGGUAAUACUUAAAUGAGGGAACGAUUUAAUUAGUUAACGCACUAUGCGUUACAUGCUGCUAAGCGUUAAACAUGCCGAACCUCACAUAAGAAAGGCGGAAGUCCCGAUGCCCCUUUUCUCUAUUUUAAUAACCUAUAAUGUCAGUGUGAGGAAGCAAUGCGGCAUUUUCUCGAUCCUGGCAAAAGAGGAUCCAAGUUUGAAUACACACCACCCAAGUCCCUGCCGAAGCCCAGAGAAUCUAAAGCCCCCCAGCCCUUACCGAAGCGUAUACCGCCUGUGAUUCCUCAGCAGCGCCUGUCGAAGCCCAAAACACCUGUGAUCACUUUUGCAGGCAGAAAUGUGUGGCAAGAGGUAAGAGCUAUAGUCUUCCACCUUUAUUCCCGGGUACUUACUGAAAGAUCCCAGUUUUAAGCCCUGGGCUUAUACAAUUUGGUAAGGAGUAUUGGGCUCAUGGGCUUAUAACAAGAGGAGGCUUACAAGCGGAAUAAAAAAAUUUUUUAGUUGAAGGGAGCGGGGAUAUUCAUGAGGGAAUACCUGUUUGGUCACCUUUUAUUUAACUUUAAAAGCCAAAUGAUUAAAGACGCCUACGAUAUAUUCAGUUUGAUCCCGUGAGAUAAUUCAAAGCCAUGUCCUCCUCCAACACCAACAGCCUCCAACCGCAUCGUUACAUCGAGGUUCUCAAGUCCCUUGAACAACAAGUAACGGGUUUACUUAGUGAGUAUUCUCUAAAGAGACGCAAAGAUACUCGCUGCCGUCCCAGCCAUUUUCUUUUCUGACUUCACCCUUCCAGGGUGCGCCCAGAGUGUAAGUUUAUCUGAUUCUAGCGCCCCUAAUUAGUUUGUAAACGUUUUCACUGACACACGUUAAAGUGACGUCUUACUUUUCACUUUUGCUGUUUUUCGAUUCUUUGUAUAGUCAUCUUUGGUGGAAAGUGAUACAGAAAUCCUUAUCCAAAACGACGAAGAAGUAAUUUACGGAGGUAAAAGCCUUUCGCUUGUUGUAAUUGAUUAAUGCAAAUUAUUUAAGGAAAAAUAGGUUUAAACUUUGUCGGAUAAAGGAACAUAAAACCAAAGGAUUUUUGGAACACUGAAAACCAAAGACUUGGGACUUGGAAAUAAAGAUGCUAAAUAAUUUUAAUGUAUCUACACAAAGCGGAAGGGCCGGUCCUCGUGAGAGAAUAACGUAAAUGACUGGGAUAAUCGCAGAUAUCGAUUGUUGUUCAGUGCUAGCACGAUAUCAGUUGCAAUGUUUUUUUUAGCAGAUUUAUUUCAUUAGAUUCACCAAUUCUUGGCAGGGCCACCACAAUAGCAUGAUGCUAAUUACUGAGGAUCCGCAAAAGUCGCUCACCCCAUGAGAGAUAGGCCACCACGUCAGGGACUACACCCCCUUCUCUUUAGAUACAUAGAUAGAUGGAUCUAUAAAUAGAUAAUGUAAGUAAUUUAAGCUCUUCAACGUCCCAAAGAACCUAUACAUGCAAAGGUUGUGAGACGGGGCCUACACUUUAUCGCCCUUAUCAGAGAAAACUAGAGAGUCAUCACGAAGGCAGCACUUUUCCCUCAGUUAUUUUAAGACCCUGAGUUUUAAUCCCGCCGGAGUUUGAACCAGCGGCCUCCUGUUCGGCAGAACAGCGCUUAAUAUCCAACUGACUGAGCUAACCGGGGAACGGUUAAAUGGCACCACAAAACUCUUAAUAAAUGGCGCGACAAAAUAUAGUGACCAACACAUAGAUCCUAAAGUGUGUUUUUUUUAUAUUGUAGCAACUAGUUCGGCUACUAGUGGGAGAUCAGCUGGUGUCGAGACAGAAACCGUGUUACUGGAGACAAAAGUACGUUAUGGAGAGAUUUCUUACAACGAUGAGGACGUCUUGCAACGAAAAGAUGGGUGGCUACCUUCAGAGAGACAGGCGUCAACCGUGAUGGAAGAU